AUGACCAGUAAUAUUGUCAAAGCGGUCGAAAAUGCGACCAAAAACCGCGAAUUUCGAGCUUUAAUCACUGAAACUUUUGAUUUGGCCAAGUCCCAAGCUGAUGAACAUGUCAAGAAUGGGGUCAAACCAUUCUCUGUGGUCAUCAAAGACAAUUUUGCGUGAGUUUGAUAUUAAGCUUGUUGUAGAGGACAAUUUAUACAAUGAAACAUGUAAUAUUAUAUAGGUUAUAUUAUACAACACAACUUUUGUAAAUUACAAAAUCAAAUUUCAAACGCCGUAUUUUACAAGCCAUUUUCAGAGUAGAGAACGUCCGCAUGACAUGUGCAUCGAAAAUGUUGGAAAACUACAUAGCUCCAUAUACAUCAACCAUAGCCUCGAGGCUAUUCGCUCAAGGCGGAUGUCUAAUAGGCAAGGCUAAUAUGGAUGAGUUUGGAAUGGGAUCAGCGUCGAUUAACUCCCAUUUUGGAGCUGUUAAGAAUCCAUUGGGAGAGAUUUGCAACGACAAAGAGUUCCGAGUCGCUGGAGGAAGUUCCGGCGGUUCGGCGGUGGCUAUCUGUUUGGAAAUGGCUGAUGUGUGAGUUUUCAUUGAAAUAUUUUGUGAUGUUUACUUAAGGAUGAUAGAGUAGAGUAUGGUGCACGUUUUGAUGGUAGAUUUGUAACUUUUGAUAAAGUGGAAAAAAAGUUAUGGCAUUUUAAACAAAGUUUGUUCCAAAAUUUUGGCUGGUUUGAAGUUGAACUUGACGUGUCAUAACUUAUGGCAAAGUUUAUUAAAACGUAAAAUUAAUUUAUUUUUGGACAAUUUGACGUAUUUUACAUGCUUAAAUUUCAAGGUUUUUCAAAGUUUGUACAACAAGUUAUGGCAUUUUGAAAAAUAUGUGUUUUGCAGUUUUGGCUGAUUUGAAGUUGAACUUUGACAUGUCAUAACUUAUGAGGAAGUUUAUUAAAACUUAAUUUUUGAACAAACGAACGUAUUUUACAUGCUUCUGUUAAAUUUCACAUUUUUUCGAUCUUUGUCAAAAAAGUUAUGGCCUUUUUUGCGAACCCUACUUCAGCUGACCCCAAAAGCCAGAAAAAGUGAAAAAACUCUGUAAAGAAAGUUCUAGCAACUAAAGAGCCUGUGAUGAAGAAUAUGAAUUUUCAGAUCAAUAGGAAGUGACACAGGUGGAUCAACCCGAAAUCCGGCUUCAUUUUGCGGAGUAUUCGGCUUCAAACCAUCGUACGGUCUGAUGAGUCGGCAUGGGCUGGUACCACUCUGUAAUGCCUUUGAUACUCCUUCAUUUUUUACGCAUUCAGCUGUGGAUGCUAUGAAGUAUUUUGGUGGGUUUUUGUGUAUUUUUUGUAGAAGCGACAAGUUAUACGGUGAAACAUGUUUGAUCGUAUAACUUGUCUUCCUCUUCGGAAACGUCAAUCCUGUCAAAAAUAGGUUUAAAAAUGGGUAAAAAGGUAAAAUACGUGCUUCCCCAUCUUUAAUUUAUUACAUAUUUUUCAGAAAUGUGUCUGGGAAAAGAUGAAAACGACCUGACGACACUAGACUUGCCUUCAGAAUCCGCUGACGAUGAAGUAGAAUCCCUGAAAAAUAUAAAAAUCGGAAUUCCAAAAGAGUUUCACAACGAUUACAUAAGCCAAGACGCUCUAAAAGCUUGGCAAGAAACAAUAGAAAAGCUAAAGACAGCCAGUUGUCAGGUAAAAGAAGUCAGCCUACCUCACUCACCGUAUUCAUUAGGUUGCUAUCAUAUCAUGACGGCAACGGACGUACAGUCGAAUAUGGCCCGAUAUCAGUCCGUGUUUUAUGGCCACAAAGGGCAGGGCAACAGUUAUCAGGAGGUGAUCAGUGACAGUCGGACCGAGGGGUUUGCCGAAGUCGUCAGAAGGAGAAUAUUCGCUGGAAAUUACUUUAAUUUGAAGCAGUAAGUCGAGUUUUGGAAUGGAAAGAAGUUUUUGCAGGGUUUUUACAAAAUAUAGUCGUUUUGAAGCAUUCUGGGACGUUUUUGAAAAAUUUGGAAAAUGGAAUUCGAGUGGAAGAUUUGUAAUGUAUUUUUCACUGAAAAUCUUCCACCCAACUUCCAUUUUCAAAAUGUCUUAAAAUGGCCUAAAAACACGUUUUUAAACAUCUUUAGAAGCGAAAGUUUGGUGGAAGAUUUUCAGUGCAAAAUACAUUACAAAUCUUUCACUCAACUUCCACUCCCAAAAAGUGUUAAAAACGUUUAGACUAUUUAAAGACUUUUUAAAAAUGGAAGUUGAAUGGAAGAUUUCCAGUGCAAAAUACAUUACAAAUCUUCUACCAAACUUCCACUUUUUAAAAUCUUCAUUAAGUUGUAUUUUCCUUUCAGAAACCGCGGUGACUACUUUCUCCAAGCAGCCAAAGUCCGAAGACUUUUGCAAAAAGACUUUGAAUCAGCCUUUACCCAUGUGGAUGCACUACUAGUACCAUCCACUUCCCACUCAGCACCAUUAUACAGUGAAUAUUUGAAGAAAUCAUUGGCCGAAAAACGAAAAGAUGACUUUUUUACUCAGUCGGCCAAUCUAUGUGGACUACCAGCCAUUUCAGUGCCAUUUGGUCAGUGUUCUAAUGGACUGCCAAUUGGAAUGCAACUGAUCGCUGGUUACCUAAAGGAUCGGAAAUGUUUGAAAUUAGGCAAAUUGUUACAUGAUAUCAAAUAA